AUGACGGCAGCGGUUGGACCCAUUUCGGCUUUGAUUUACAAGUCGAAUGUGCCAUCUAAGCAGCACACGCACAGAAGCAUAAGAAGCAUACAACCCAACUCAGAGUUUCGAAUCCUUACUUGCUUCCAUUCAACAAGCAAUGUUUCAAGCGUCAUCAAUCUGUUGGAGAUUUCCAAUCCCACCAAACAAUCCCCGAUGUUCAUCUUUGCGGUCCAUCUGAGGGAGCUCAGUGGCCAUGCUUCUGCCAUGCUCAUAGUCCACGACACAUGCAGCAAUAUUCGUAAGACAAGUAAAAUUACAACCAAAAAUCAAAAGCACUCUUCGCCUUCUGACCAAAUUGUCGCUUCUUUUGAAAAACUUGAGACCGAAAGUGAAGAAAGCAGCUUGUUCGUGGAGGCACUAACUGUUGUGUCCUCUUACGCCUCCAUGCAUGAGGACAUUUGCAAUCUUGCGGACGACAAGAGUGCAGACCUCAUAAUCAUUCCUUUCCACAAGCAAUCCACCAUUGACGGGGGAAUGGACAACGGAAACCCCUCUUUUAGAGGCAUUAACAAGAACCUUCUAGAGAACGCUUCUUGUUUAGUGGCCAUCUUCGUGGAUCGUGGACUCACCGAUUCAUCUAACAUUAAAAAUGAAGAUGGCCAUGGCUGCUGCCGCUGUGCCAUGCUCUUCAUUAGUGGGUCAGAUGACCGCGAGGCAUUGGCAUAUGCAUGGAGGAUGGCCAGCAAUCCUAACCCUAAACCUAAUAUCAGCUUAACUGUGGUUGUUUUCAUCGUCAGUAAAGAUGCGGCAGUUCAUUCAGAUCUCCCUCCCAACAAUCCUAAUAAUAAUGAUCACGAUCAUGAUGAGGACGAAAAGAAGAAUAUUUUAGAGGUGAUAGAGGAAAAUGAGAAGGAGAAACAACUAGAUGACCAAUAUAUAGAGAGCUUUGUGCUCAAUACUAGGAACCAACCUUCCAUAAAAUUAAUUCACGAGGUGUUGAACAAUGGAGAAGAAACUCUCAAAUUGAUAAGCGCCAUGGGAAAUGACUAUGAUCUUUAUAUCGUGGGAAGAGGGCAAACAGGUUCCUCACCACUCAUGUUCGGGCUAUCCGAGUGGGGUGACUGCCCGGAGCUCGGACCCUUGGGAGAUGCAUUGGCAUCGUCCAACAUUGUGGCCAGCGCCUCGAUUCUCAUAGUGCAUCAAGAUUGUGCUGUUAGCAAGUCCUUAUUUAGUUAG